AUGGCAGAAACAGCAGGUAAACAUUUUAAUAAACUAGAAACAGGUACAGAAAUUUCACUUGAUCAAACUGAUUCAUUAACAACAACAUCAAUAACAUCAACAGCAUCAACAACAAACAAACAUGUCACCACAACGAAGAACAACACAAUCUCAAAAGUGAUAUUCAAUGAUGGUACUUCAGCAGGGAUACUGAAUGGUUUGAAAAAGUGUACGCGUGCGAUGCAUUUGCACGAAGCUGAUGUUACGCUGAAAACGUUAGGUGUAAUAUUACCAUCACCAUCGGACAUUACAUCUAACAGAAUUGAUCAAUUUCGAUCAAUUCUAAUGACAAUGUAUGAAAAACCUGGUCAAUUCUUGAGAAUUUUAAAAAACGAAAAUAUCGAUGUUUCCGGUUCAAAAUUAAAUAUAUUUGGCGCAUCUACUGGUGAUUUAAUUGCAGCAGAAUUGGUUAGACAGGCAGCGUCAUUAUCAGCCGAUCAGUUGUUUGAACGAUUCAUUUUCUGGCCUGUUGAUGGUGAACCAAUUCGAAAUGAUCAAUGUAUUACAUCAAUCGAUUUCUAUGAAUAUUGUUCGUUAGAACAAUUUUCAAUUUUCUGUGGUUUUUUUGCUGAUCUAAUUCUGGAUAUUGAGUUGGACGGAAAAACCAUUUUAGCUGAUCAAGCAUUUGAAUUUCGAGUUGCUGGAAAAGAAUCAGCAGAUGACACUGAUAUAAAAUUACCAGUCUGUAAUCUACUUUAUAAAAAUCCUGAAGUCAGAAUUGCUGGUUUCUGUGGCUUGUUAGAAGCAGCUUUUGAUAUGGUACCGAUUUAUAUUGAUCAAUUUGUGUCGUUCGAUAAUGGUGAAGUCAAUGAUUGGUUCUUUGAACGUUGUUCAAAAAUUGCUGAAAAUAUGUAUGGGCCAGUUUUACGCAAAGAUGAAAGAUUCGUUAUCAGUACAGAGAUAUGCAAAAGAUCACAAAAGGUUAAUGUACAAAAUCUAACUCAAUACCUAUCACUGAUGAAAGUAUCUGAUGAAGAUAAAAAGAAAUGGAUGCAUUCAUGUGGUAAAAACAUCAGAUCAUGCAUUGAAUUUUCAACAAUAGAUGGAAAUGAGUUACCAGAAACAACUGAUAUUUCUAGCAAACCUGAAUUAGCAUUAAGUCGUAAACAGGAAAAUAUGUUAAAAAAAACCAAUCAUUAUAUGGCUUCCAUUUUGCUUCAUCCUUCUUUGGUUUUUUUAAAAAGUGGCUUAUAUAUCAAUAGUAGCUUAAAAAAAGCCAGCUCGUUAUUGGAAUCAAGUUUUUUAAAUCCACUAGUUGAUGAAGGAUAUAUAGUAGCUAUUCGUAAUGGUCUCAUCUGUAAAAAAAGCAAAGUGACAGUUUAUAUUAAAAUGUUACCAUCAGAUGAUAAUGCUUCAAAGGAAGACUUUGCUGCACGUUUAGCAUUUUUGAAUGAUGUACGUUUAAAUUUUGAUACAUAUAUGGCAUCUUGUAAUACCAUUUCACUUCACACUAUGGGAAUACUUAAUGAAGAGGUUAUGCAUGUGCUUCAAUUAGAACGUUAUGAACAGUUGAACAUUGAUUUUAAUUCUUUUUUCCGACGUAUUGACAAUGGAAAUGAUGGUCCAACAUAUGAAAUUAAUUGUACCGUAUUGGCAAAAGAAAAUGAAUUAAUUGAAAAUCUCAUGGUUUCACAAAUUGAAGAUAACAGUUCCUCAGUAAACGAUGAAAGUAGUAACAAUAGUGAACAUCAAAAAACUAAUAGUAUCCGCUCUUUUGAUAUUCUUUCUGAAAAUGAUGGUGCAGACGACAGUCGAUGUAGUGGUAAUAGAUUGGUAGUAAUACACGAAGAAAUAAUUCAACAACAAGCUGUAAUGGAUGAUACUGAACCUAAUCAUACAACCAAAACAACUACCAAAAAGCGACAACAUAAAAUGAGUAUUGAAGAAAUACCUGAAGAUAAUUUAGUUGAAGAUGAAUCUUAUACUGAAACGAUCGCCAACAGAAUGCAAAAUAAUAAACGAAGACGUGGACGACCAUGAAGUGAUACAAAUAACGACACCGUGGUUAAUAAAGACGCAAAAUGCUCGGAGUACACAGAUGAACUGAACACUGCUAUGUGUAUAUCAUUACCUAGUGAUUGCUCGGAAGAAGAAUCAAAUGAAGAAAAAGAAAGGGUCAAGAAACGAUCACGUGCGAACUAUUCAUCUGAAAUAAAAACGCCAUUAACAAAACGAUUGAACACAGAUCAAUCGUUUUUAAAUGAUGUUCUAAGUUUAGAUAUGAUAUCUAUUUCUUAUGAUUCGAAGGAUAAAAAUGUUCUAAGUGAAGUAAAUGAUACUUCUGAAUUAAGUUUUGAAGAAGCAAAUAAAACAACCACUAUACCAAAAUCAACAUUUAUAAAUACGUCAGUCACUUCGGAGCAAUCUACUAGCAUUGAUAUCGAGCACAAAACAUCUAACUCACAAUCAAUACCGACAAUUAAUUGUCACAAAUCAAGUUGUAUAUGGCCAAAAGGAAUUUCCGAUCAAGUAGAUUUUAUUGAAUUUGUUAUUAGUGAUGAAGAAAUGAAUGCUUAUUGGGAAACUGUAAAAGAUUUUUUUUAA